GGCUCCGGCAAGGGAGGCGGAGGAGGAAGCGCUCGCGCAGCCUUGGAAGCGCAAAGUUGUGAGAGUGUAAUUUGUCUCCAAUUGACGAAGAUGCAUUCUUCAAAGCCCAGGCUUGUUGUUCCAUAUGGCCUCAAGACUUUACUCGAGGGAGUGAGCAGAGCUGUUCUCAAAACCAGUCCAAGCAAUAUCACUGAGUUUGCAGCUCUCUACUUCAGAGAGCUAAUUGCAUUUAGAGAAGAAAAUCCUAAUUUGGAUAUAACAGAGCUGGUUAGAGAAUUUCAUUUCACUAGAGUAGAGGGCUGGACUGAUAGACUGCCAGAAAAGAGAGCUGACCUUGGAGACAUAAGUGUGGUGUCUCCACUUUCUGAGGAACCAAAACGAAAGGAAAAAUCCACAGACACAGAGGAGGACCAGUUGCACGAAGGCCCUGAACCUGAAUACAGCAGCAAAACUACACAAUACCCAUCAACUCACUGUGAACUUGCAGAAAAUGAACCAUCCCCUACGGGACCUGAAGCAUCCCCUAAGGGACCUGAACUUGCCUAUGUCCCAGCUGAUCCUGCACAGCUUGCUGCUCAGAUGUUAGGUAACAUUGAUUCUGUUCAUUCUAUGAAGGAUGUGGCAACAAGUGUGCAAUCUUUUCCUGAACUGUCUCUGAGCUCAGUGGACACAACAGUUGCACCAGUAGAGGGUGCUGCUGAAGAAGCUACACUUACCCCAGCUGCUGAGGGUUCUGCAGAGUCUGUUAGGUUGGAGCCAGCGGUUCAGAGUCAGGCCUCCAUUGUCCUAGGGUCCUCCAGCAGUCAGGCUGAACAAUCAACAAGUGAUGUAGAUCAAGCUUCCUCAACCCCCUUGCAGGAUGAACCACCACCACCUGCUCCUCCUCCACCACCUCCUCCUCCACCACCACCUCCUAAAGAUCCAUUACAGGCUGUGCCUUCCCAAAGCGAAAUUGAGGUUACAUCAACCAUUCAGGCUAUGCCAAUACAUACUGACGAUGAGCCUGCUACUGAAGGAGAGGUUCCACCUUACAUAGAGCAGUUCCCGCAGCAAAUAGUCAUUCCCUUUUUAGAACAAGUAGCUUGUCUAAUAGAGAUUCAGCAGCCACUAAUGCCUUCACUAAAUGCAGGUCAGUUUACAUGCACUAAGCUCUUAGAUCCAUCAUUGAUUGAUGAUGCAGAAUUUGACCCUGAAAGAAUGGAAACUACAGCGCAAAUGGCAUCAGCUGAGCAAGGUUUUAUGAUGUCAGCAAUGGCAACAACCGAAGCAGGACAACCACCACCAUAUUCUAAUGUGUGGACUCUCUAUUGUCUAACUGAUUUGAGCCAACAAGGUCGAAAGUCACCACCACCCCUUCCUCCUGCUGGAACUGGUGCUCCUUAUCCCCAAGCAACCCUCUAUAUAUCUAGUGGGAAGGAGCAACAACCAUUCCUACAACAGCAGCUGACACCACAAGGUCCACCACCACAAGUAUCCUCUCCAACUUAUGUGAUGAUGGAAGAAGGCAAGAGGGGAAAUGCACCACCUUUCAUUUUAGUGGGCUCUACAGUUCAGAAUGUACAGGACUGGAAGUCUAUUCCUGGCCAUGCUGUCCUUACACAGCAUGACACAAGUGCUGUGAGGAGAUUCACUACAGUACCUGUACCAGUUGCCAGGCCAGCAGAUCUGAAAAUGGCCACUCCAAACCCAAAUUCUAAUUCUGCACAAGAAACUGCUAGACCACCAACCCCACUUUUUCUUUCAGUUGCCAUACCCUUAGAUGAGGUAAUGUCUGCAAAGAGGGGCUCAGCAGCUGGUGAUAAAGCAGGCAUAAAUCCCUUUGCAGGAAGCUAUGGUAUAGCAGGAGAGAUUACAUUUACUUCUGCCCCGGUCCGCAGAGCAGACUCGUGAGAAGGUUGAGAGGAGAUGAUGUCAUGUGAACACCCCAGGAUGGAAAUCUGCAUCUUAAAAUAAUAAAUUAACUUAAUACAAGCACUCAAAACUAAUGCAAUCCGUUAGAAUGCCUUUUUGCAUUUCCAGAGUGUUGGCAGAACACAG